AUGGAAGAUGGAAAAUUCACUAUCAAUGCAGAGGAUCUAUCAACAAUCGGAGGUAUAGCUACUGUGUCACUGCUGCAUUCCUUUAUACCAACCCAUUGGCUGCCCUUCUCCAUUGUUGGUCGCGCUCAGAAAUGGACGCUGUCUCGUACUCUCGUCGUCACUGCAUUUGGAGCAGUCUUGCAUGUGAUGUCUACUGCGUUGCUUGGUAUAACUGCAAUUACCAUAACAAACACUAUUGCGGGCGAGGAAACUGUGCAUAAACUUGCAUCUUUACUGCUCAUAGUUCUUGGUGGUGGUUAUAUCAUACUUUUUCUAUCUGGAAAGGGCGGUCACAGCCAUUCCCACAACCAACCCAUGGAAAAAAUGGCAGUUGCUGGACUUGUUCUCGUCCCUGCAUUGUCUCCUUGUGCAACCACUCUUCCAGUAUUUCUUGCUGUUCGAAACUCAUCCUCUAUGAUGGUGUUUGCAAUCAUAGUUCUGCUAUUCAGCACAAUAAUUGUGAUGACGUCAUUGGUGGCUUUAUCAUUUUAUGGUGCAAGUCAGCUCAAAUUCCAAUGGGUGGAACGCUAUGACAAGCUUCUUGUAGGUUCAAUUCUAUGUUUGGUUGGAGUUUUGACCCUCCUCUUCCAUGACCAUGAUGGAGAUUUUGAUUUCCGGUCUCAGAUAAGCUUUCUCAGGACGCGUGGUACUGGGAUUCUCCUAAUUUGCUCCUGA